AUGGAUACGGAAAGCACACAUGCGCAAGACAAUGAGUUUGCGCAAUCACCCUGGGUGGAUAUGGGCGGUUUCAGUCCAUCCGAGCAUUCGCCCACCCUGGACUAUCAGGGAUUCGGAUACGGUGUCUUGCCUAUCGACUCUUCCUACGGAGUCUCAAUUCCACCACCUUAUGCAUCAUUGCCAUUGACCAUGACCUCCAACACAUGGCCCAGCAUGCUCACAACCCAGGGGCCUUUCCCGGAUGCAGCGAUGCCUGCAAUGCCUCUACCACCGCCACCUCCACCACCACCAUUGCAGCAACCCCAGCAAACGCCCGCCAUCACCUCUGUUACACCUGUCCCGCCACCGCGCAAGUCCUCGACCAGUGGCUCCACCCCACGGCGGACCCUCACCGAUGAGGACCGUCGACGAAUGUGUCUCUACCACGAGGAGAACAAGACCGCCAAGCAGACUGACAUUGGAGCACUCUUUGGUGUCGAAAGAAGUACUGUAUCGAAAGUCCUCCGUCAAAAGGAGAAAUACCUCAACCCUGACGAUGGCACCCGAUCCCCCAUCAAGCGGGCCAAAGGGCGAGUACCAGACAUUGAGAAAGCCUUGUCUAACUGGGCGAAGAACUAUCAAAAAAGUGGGUACCCUAUUAACGACGAGAUGAUCCGGGAAAAGGCUCUUUUCUUUGCCAGCACCUGCGGUAGUCCCGAUGGCAAAGAAAAGGUAUUGAGCACCAGCUGGCUUGAGAGAUUCAAACGCAAAUACAAUCUCAUGGGGGCCAAGUCUCGAAAAGGCUCCCUCAGUGCCAAGAGUGACUCGGAGAGCCCGACCUGUUUGAGCAUCAACUCGGCAUUGGCUUCUGCUAUCCACUCUCCGACCGUCCUCUCCCCUACGUCGACCACCGGAUUCCUCAGCCCGUCACCUCUGUCCCCAAUGCAGAGCAAUGAGAAUAUCAGAGCGGAGUUCGCGCACAGCCUGGCCGAGAUCACUGGCGAUUUCCAGCAUGCGCACAGCCACAGUACCACUUCCCUAGACACUUCCUCGACGUUCUCCGCUGGUAUCACGAGUCCAACAUCCACUCUGGUUACCGACAGCCCUUUCACACCUACGAGCCAGUCCCUUACUUCGCCAGUGGAUGGCAACUCCAACCGACCCCGCAGCCAGACCUUCCCAUUGGGCUCAGCUGACCCCAGCCUGAUCUCUCCAGAAGAAAGCGAGCAGUUGACAAAGGCUGCUCUACGACAGUCUAUCUUGAUGCAAGAAGCUACUUCCCUGGAGGAACAGCAAGAUCAGAAAACUCUGCCGGGAUUGGACACUUCGGUGGGCACAAUUAAACGAAAUCGCAGCAAUCCAGAGAUCAAGCCCAAGACCACAUAUCCGCCGCUCUUUUCAAAAUCUACUAACGCUUCUCCCAUCAGUUCCCCGGGAUCACCCAGUCAAGAUGAGGCCAGAAAGGCUCUGGAGUUGGUCAUGAGCUAUCUGAAGCAACAGCCGGCGGGUCUCGUGGCGGAAGAUUAUCUUACCAUUGGGAAAUUGAUGGAAAAGCUCGAGCUCACCAAGCCAUCGCAAGGCACCCUCCCGGGUGGUCUCACUCGGAUUGAUGAGCAUGACGAUGUGCCUACUCUGAACAAGAAACGAAGCAUUCACAGUAUGGGUUAA